AUGUCAGUUUCGGGAAACCAAGCAGCCCAAAAUUAUCCAUCGUCUUCUAUUAUAAAAAUUCCGAUUGAAGAGGAUUAUACAGCAAAGAAUAAGCAACAUGGCUCGACUGAAGCGCCAAAGCCGUCUUCUUCUGCAAUGGGUGGUCUUUGCAGUGGUCUCGAAGGAGUUGGCCUCAUUUUAAAAGGCCUCAUUUUAAAAGGCCUCAUCUUAAAAGGCUUCAUUUUAAAACAGUUUAAAAUGAGGCCUUUUAAAAUGAAGCCUUUUUAA